CGACGCUUCUGCCAAGAUCCUGUAAUGGACGUAUGUGUCACAUGAAUACCGAGCUGCACAUGAAGCAUACAGAUAACCUGCACACAGUCAUCCCACAACCUUUGUAUCAGACAGGUGGAAAUAUUGGGCUCUAUGCCUGCUGUAGGCAGUUCCCAUCAUUUCCUUAUUUAUGGCUUAAUUCCCUUGGAACCGGUGGAUCCAGUUGAGUAUUCGCCCCAGCCUGACAUCGAUUGACCCAGGUGUUGAACAGGCACAGGUUUCACUUCACUAUGUCAAAGCAGUUUCAGAUCAGAGGAAGAAAUCUAAUAGUCAGGGGGAAAGCGCUUAGACGCGUGUGAAAUGGAAAAGCUGACGGGCUUGUUCGGCGCAAAGGAAGUCACCAAACGAUAGAAACUCAAGAAGCAGCUUGCUUCCUAAGUUUUUUUUUCUUCUUUUUUUUUCGUUUUGGUGCAAGAUCGUCCCCUGUUUGUGACCAAUAUGAACUCCAGUUGAACAUGACAGUCAUCAGAGGACUUCAUCAUCACUGUAGACUCUGAAAAGCCUCUGUCAUUGGAAAUAAUUUCUCGCGUUUCUUUUUUUUUUACGCAAGGAUUUCUUUGGACACUUACUUGCGUUUUCACAGGGGGGAGAACAAACAAAAAGCUCUGCCCCCUGAAUAUGGACAUGGAGGCGUCGAAUGGCUAUAUUGCGAGUAACGGCGACUGCUCUCCCAGGAAGGAGAACUCGAGAAUGCUGGUGGACCUGUCGACCAGCACACCCAAUGGCCAGCGUUCCCAAAGUCCUGAUUCCCCUGCUGCGCGCACAAUCAAACAAGAGGAAGGUACUGAGGAGGAGACGGAGAGAAGGCCCAAUGGUCCAGAUGAGGCGGGUCACAGCGGUGAGGAAGGCUCUGGAUUGGAGGAGCCCAUGAUUGACAGCCCAAACAACUUACAAGAUGGUGGACCAGGAACAGAAGCGCAGAGCGAGACAGGAAUAAGACUGCCAAAUGGUAAAUAUAAUGGUGACCGGCCGUUCCAGUGUAACCAGUGUGGGGUUUCAUUCACUCAGAAGGGCAACCUGCUGAGGCACAUCAAACUCCACACGGGAGAGAAGCCCUUCAAAUGCCCGUUCUGCAGCUACGCUUGUCGCCGUCGUGACGCCCUAACCGGACAUCUGCGCACACACUCAGUGGGCAAACCACACAAGUGCAACUACUGUGGGCGGAGCUACAAGCAGCGCACAUCAUUGGAGGAGCACAAAGAACGGUGUCAUAAUUACUUGCAGAGUGUCGGAAUGGACUCCGCCUCCAAUCCUGGCCCUUAUCCAGGAGAGGUUCCAAAGGAGCAGAGGUCGCUGGAGUCCGCUGGCAUGGCGGCUUUCGACCGGCCUCCUGUAAUUGAAAGACUGGGGAAUGUGGGUAAACGGAAGAGCACCACGCCACAGAAGUUUGUGGGUGAGAAAAUGGUUCGAUACUCGUACCCUGAGCUGAACUAUGAGAUGGGCCUGAAGUAUGAAAAGGAAGCUGAGUUGAUGCAGGCCCAAAUGAUGGACCAUGCCAUUAGCAAUGCAAUCAACUACCUGGGCUCUGACUCCUUAAGGCCUGUGGUCCAUCACCCAUCCCUCUCCAUGGCCGAGGUGGUACCUAUGGUGAACCCGCUAUUCCAUCCGGUGUACCCGCUUGGCCCGCGCAUGGACCGGCCCAGCAGUCGUGAGGCUCCUCCACUGCCCCACCCAAACCCAGAGUUCCCGCACCCGACCAAUGGCGCGCUUUCUUUGGUCAGGCCCAAGAAUCCUCAGUCGGCCCGAGACGGGUCGCCGUGCAACAGCGGACAGGAUUCGGCUGAUUCGGCACGGAGCAGCCCUCGGGACAAGCUCAGCGCUGCCGGGCCUAGGUCGAGAUCCAGCCCGGGGUUUGGCCGGGCAGAGGAAGGCAGGGCGAUCGACACCAGCCGCAUCGCCGCGAGGGACGGCGUCCGCGUCUUCAGCCGCGAGGGCCAGGAGCUGAGGGUGUUCCAGUGCGAGCACUGCCGCGUUCUGUUCCUGGACCACGUCAUGUACACCAUCCACAUGGGUUGCCAUGGUUACAGGGACCCGCUGGAGUGCAACAUCUGCGGCCACUGCAGCAAAGAUCGCUACGAGUUCUCCUCACACAUCGUUCGCGGAGAACACACCUUUCGUUAGCACUCUUGCGGUCAGUUUACCGCAGACGGCACGAGUUCACUGCCGAAGCAUUACGUGAGCACCGAUCGGCAGAUAUAUGAAGGUUUGAGUCCAAUAGAAAUGUUUUCAUUUUGGCGCUGUUUGAAGAUUUUUUGUUCUGGGUGAGGGGAUGAGAAGUUUAUGUUGUGAAUGUUUUGUUUUGUUUUCUUUUCAUUUUUUUUUUUUUUUUUUUGUUUUUUUUUGUUUUGUACUGAACCUUCCAGCAGAGCAGCUAUGUGUAAUCUAAAGUUGUGAAGUUCUUUCUCUUUUUUGUCAUCUUUAUUACCUCGAUGCAUGCUGUCAUUCCUGUUUCAUGGACCUCAAUAUUACAGGUGAACCAAGCAACCAGAGGACCACUGGAGAACUAAACCGUUUAGUUUUGUGUAUAAAAAAAAGACUUUAAUUCAUAGCUUCAUGCUGCUGUGGCUUCUUAGUGCCUUGCUGAUGUUUUGAACUGCACAAUUUUGCCUUUUACGGAGUGCUUUGUAUCUUUUUAGCGUCUUUUCUCAUCACUUGCUCCAUUUCGAUGAAGUUCCCGGGGCGUGCGGACCGAAGCUACGGUUCUCGUGCUAAUUUCCUGUUCCUCGUGUCGGUGCUAUGCUAGUUUCACAAACGCAGUUCUGUAGUUGGCACAAAGUCUUUCGGACACAUUACAAUGAAGUGUUGAUGACAAUCCCCUCGGAAGACCGAAAUAUUUUUGCCAUGCUAAGGACAGAUGAGUUUUCCGUGCUGUGUUUUGCUGCUGUUGCACACUUACUAUCAUCUCUUGAUUUCUUAUGCACUUCGCUGAAAACAGCACUGCGACAUGCCUUGAUAAACCUGUUUUUGCACUAUUAGCUUGAGGCCUUGGGUGAAAAUAUGCUAUAUCCAUGCUAUUGAUAAAGGGAACAAAGGUCAUUGUGUAGUUUAGCUAGUCCCAGUGCAGUAGUUUGUCAUCUGUGAUUCAACAGGGAACAAGUCUGCACCUAUGUUAAGUAUAGACAUUAACUACAGGUCUUUAACAACAGGGUUGCCAUACUUUUGAUUGAAAUCUGUGAAUUUCACUCAGCCUUUCAGACCGAAUGCCUCAUUAUUGAUGCCUCAUUAGAUCAAACUCCUCUGACUGUCUUCAGUGUUACAGCACAAACUCUUUAGAUCAGUAAAGUGUUUCGAUUUGUUUCUUAUCAAUCCACAUAUGUUGUCUUUUUUAGCCCACGCAUGGACCUAAAGAGCUUAAAUAUGCACUUGCGCUGCAUAUGCAUUUUUCGUUCGACUCUAGUUAGCUAAUGCAUUUUACCAUUUUUGUACAUGGAGAGAUAAAUAAACAACCUAUGCGCAGUUCAAAUCUGCCUGAUAAUGGAAAAUUGUAGAUCUUUGAAAAUCAAACAACAGCUUUUAUAGAUGCUAGAAGAUUGCUGUUGAGAUUUCAUCGCUAACCCGGACUGCACGAGAGCUUUACGAGAUAAAACGCGGUUUAUAAAUCAGACAAUGUUAUCCCCCCGCCCCCCCAACCCUUGAGAACUUUUCUCAUUAUUUUCAGGGCAUUAAAAUCAGCCGUAAAAAUUUAGACAAUUUUUUUUAAUGUUCACAGUCGUUUAUUUUCCCUUCCUGUUUCUCUUCCCUUUUUAUUUUCUCUUUCUUUCACACUCUUUUUUUUUUCUGUUCGAUGUUGUUGAAUAUUUACAUGAAGCAUUCUGUAGCACAACCAUAAAUCCAGCUUCAAUCAAUGCAUAUGGCUCAACUUGUACAACUGCAGCCUUCGCAACGUUCAGAACCUCCCUUGCACAUUUGUUGGGCUUUUAUGUCAGUGCUAAAAGAGCCUUACAUCACUAUCAGACUUUGUUGUACAUAUUGUUUUAAAGCUUUGCUUUUGUCUUCUCUGCUUUGAGGAAAACUCCAAAAAACUGUGAAUAUGCCCUUUAAACGGUAUGAGGAAAAAGACUUAAAAGGCAACCAAGAGCACUGAUAGAAAUGCAUUCAUAUUGUUUGAACGUCAUUUUAUUGUUCUUUAAAAAAAAAUAGCUUUGCCUUUUUUUACACCUCCAAAAAUGACACAUCGCACACACAUACCGCCUCUUAAAUCCUGAAACAUUUUGAAGAAUUUUAUUUGUUCUUGUGAAGCAUGAAUAUCUUUAUGCAUUUUAGAUGUGUUUUUUUUUUUUUUUUUUUUUGAGGCAUGAAAUUGAAUGUGCUCCACAAUUCCAGGGCAUUUUAUAAAAUGAUUAUCAAAGCUUAUUGUAUAUGUAUUUGUUUAGUUUCAAAAAAGGAACAAGGUGAAGGAAACAUUGAUGUAAGACUAUGUUUACAACCGAACGAACAAGAGCACAUGAACAAAACGUGUUCUUACGACGAGUCCACACUUUUGGGAGUGGAGAGUACUUGAACUUACAAGAAAGGCACUCUAGAGUCAGGUUUCACUUUUUACCUUAAAGUGUAUGGGACUGCUAUUUUCUCAUCUGUGUAAAUAUAUAUUUUUUUGUGAGAGAAAGGUGUUUUUUUAACUGUUCUUAUUCACUGUGGACCACCUUACAAACAGUAAAACAAGGGUUUGCAGUGUAUUUUUAUAAGUGAAUAAAUGUAUGAAUUAUAUACAGUAUAUUUUGGUAAAAAUGUUGAAAGGGGUUAUCUUUUGCUGUGUGUCGGUUCGCUUUUUGGGGUUUUCUCAGGUACAGUGUUGUCAAAAAUCUUCUUAAAUGCAUUUGUAUGGAACUGUAGGAGAGAUUUGAAUUAAUAUUGAAUUUAAUACUAUUUGACUUGAAAUCCAAAGUCAAAUAUCCAAAUAAAUAUAUAAAUAUAUAUUUUUAUUUUUAAAGAAAGAAAUCUAAUAAGUAAAACCAAGGUUUACUGAUGUUAUAAAGUGGACUUUUGUAACCUUGGCAUCUUUAAGGAAAGUGUGUCGUUCUAUGUUGGUUUUUAAAGCAUGGGCUUUUCUGCAUUAAAUACUGUCAUCAUAUGAAA